AUGGUGGAUCGCGUGGAUUGCUCGGGUGUCUAUAUCGACGACCGAGUGCGGUCAGAACGAUGGGUGCGCAGAAACUCCAUCGACUCAUCAACCAUAUCGUCCGCAGGUUCCUUUGUGACUCCCGAUGAGUCGGAGGCCCUGCAGGCCGAUGUGGAGCUGCUGCUGGAAACCUGCAAGCAAGUUUAUCUCUGCCACAACGGAACCACUUUUGCCAACAAGUUGGCCGAGCUCAGCGACCGUGCAGGUAAUGAGUGUAACCCGAUUUUCGCCUUCUUCGAUGUAGACUUCAGCGGGGAAGAAUCGAAUUUGGCUCGCCGUAAAGCCAGCCGGGCUUCGUGGAUGGACAACGGACCUCCAUCGCCUGGUUCCAUCCAUCGCACAUUCACCUUUUCAACUCAAUCAGAUGAAGCACGUGGGCUGUCACUUCUAUCGGGAAUUUCCAACGACAUCCAAGUUCAAGAAGGCCCGAAAUUGAUCAUCCCUAUCGCGGUAUUGCGACUCCCCGGUCCAGAUACACCUGCCGCAGAUGGCGGUCCAACCAGCGACCCGCUAUCUCGGGGGCCUCUCACACUAGAGCAUAAACAGAUCGCCCGUUGCCUCGAUGCUGGUGCAGUAGAUGUUUUGACGACCCCACUUGAUCGGGCACGAAUCCAAAGUCUUGUGGUUCAUGCCUAUCGAACGCGCAAAGGCGCCCAGCGAGAGAUGUCUAGCUUCCUCGCACGAAGAAAGCUACGGAAGCUCUCUUGGGUGGGCGUGAACAACAAUGAACAACCAUACUCAUAUUUGAGAGAGGCUAUGGUUUCCAAGCUCAUGAACGGAAUUUGCAACCCGGAGGAGGUCAUUUCGGAGUUCCAAGAAGGGGAGCUUGACAUUGAUCUUGACCGUGUGCCUUUCAUCAAAGAACAGCUAGGUUGCUGGAAGUUUUCCGCCCAUGACUUUACCGAGGAUGAGCUGGUGUUUGGUGCUUGCGAAAUCCUCCAGCAUGCUCUCACUAUGCCAGGUCUAGAUCAUUGGAGGCUAACCCCUGAUGAACUACAAAACUUCCUGCUUGCCUGUCGUGCUGCCUACAACUCGUUUGUGCUUUACCAUAAUUUCCGUCAUGCGAUUGAUGUGCUGCAAUCCGUCUUUUGCUUCUUAUUGCACAUCGGUGUCUUGCCGCCAUACCGACCGACUGGCCAAACCCGCGUUGCCAAAUCCCCCAUCGCCUCACUCCUCGCGCCAUUUGACGCUCUCACUCUCUUGAUCUCAGCUAUUGGUCAUGACGUUGGUCAUCCAGGUGUCAACAACUUCUUCCUUGUCAAGCUUAAUGCCCCUCUCGCACAACUUUACAACGACAACUCCGUCCUCGAAGCAUUCCACUGUGCGGCUUUCUCGCAGAUCCUUCGCCGACACUGGCCAGCAGCAUUCAAAGACAAAGGUCUACGAAAGCUUCUGAUCAGCUCAAUUUUGGCGACAGAUAUGGGUGUUCAUCAAAAGUUUAUGCAACGGAUGGGUUCAUUGCAAGAACGCUAUUAUGAGAACAAUAAAAGUGUUGAUGGCUGGAAACCCCAGGAUGUCGACAUGUUUAAAACACUUGUUUGUGGUUUGUUGAUCAAGUGCGCCGAUAUCAGCAAUGUCGCCCGGCCGUGGAAGGUUGCAGAGAAAUGGACCAAAAUUCUCCAGGAGGAAUUUGCCAACCAGGGUGAAAUGGAGAGAGAGGUUGGUAUGGAAACUGCACUCUUUGGUGGACCGCCGGAGCUAGGUAAUGUCUACAAGCUGGCCACUGGCCAGAUUGGAUUCAUGUCAAUUUUCGCGCUCCCACUGUUCGAGGGCAUAUCCGACCUUCUGCCUCAAUUGGAUUUCACCGCGGAGCAUAUCCGCCGCAACCAAGCUCAAUGGCAGAAACUUUCGAACGACGAGCUGAAAAAGCAGGGUUUGCCCGUUGAGAAUCGAGCCGAGAUCACCGUUUCGCCUCGUUCCCAUAGCCCUGCUACCGAAUCCACGGGUACUGAAAAGGCACAUGCUCAUUCAGACCUCAAAUCUCCUGCAUCAUCUACAGAUACAGCCUCGGCUUCAAUCAACGAAAACACCAUUGAACCGGUGGUUUCGCCAGAUACUGCGGGUCCUCAGAUUGAAAUCACGGGAACACCUCUCGCACCGGCUGAUAUCCCCUCUCGCAAAUCAUCAAGUGCCAUGCCAGAUACGUCUUAUUUCUCCAUUCCAGGUGCCCCGGAGUCGCAUCGCGGAUCUGUUGGGACACAGUACUUCAGUCCCCUCCCCGAGUCCAAUAUUUCUACGGACGAUCCAGCUGUACUCGCAGCCGUUCUAUAUGCCAACUCUGCAAAUGGUAAUGUUCCCGUGGGAAUGACAGAACACGAUCGUGCGUCCGAGUCUGCCGAUAGACCGGGUAGCUCCCGCCAAGGCAUCAUGCACGGCACUCAACGUCACCACGCACACCACAGCUCAUCUGCUCGCACAGGUUCCAAUCGUAACAGCUGUGCCCGAUCCCAAAGCACCUACAGCAGCAAAAUGACACCCAUCUCUCCUGCAACCAACGCCACAAGCUUUUUGGCUGUUGAUAGUGGAGAUGAAAAGCGGAUUUCUGGAGAAAGUGCGCCGCAGAGUGAUAUUGGUGGACCAGAUGAUAGUAGCACCCGUCCCAGCACGGCGGAUGCCUAUCCCGCAAGCAUCCCAGAGCAUUCAAGUAGCUACAGUCCUGGACGUAGCUCCGGAAUUGGCGCUGGAUACUCUCAGUCCGAAGAUGGCGCCACCAAAGACUUUGCCAGGAAUGGUCGUAGCCCGGCUCAGUCAACCACUACGGGCGAGAGCAUCAAAAACGAAAGCCCGCAGGAGGACCAACGUGGGCACCGCAAGCUUCCUAAACGACGGAGCAGACUACGCCUUGCAUUCUGGAAACGUCGCAACCAUACAAACGAGGUUCGCGGCGAGACUUGA